CCCCGCGGCGCCGCCGCAACCCCCGCGCCCAUAUAGGCUGCCCCGCCGCGCUCGCCGCGCCGCCGCCUCCUCCUCCAGGCAUGGCACAGGGCUCUACCUCACUAUGGCAGCAGCGCGGCACAGCACCCUGGACUUCAUGCUCGGCGCCACAGCUGAUUGCAAUGCCGUUCUUAAAGCUCUACAGCCCAUUUUUCAGGAGCAGGGAAUGACAGAAACAGUUCAUAACUGGGAAGAUAAUGGUUAUUUAGCAACCUACAUCCAAAAAAAUGGCAGUUUUGCCAAUUUGAGAAUUUACCCUCAUGGAUUAGUGUUGGUGGAUCUGCAGAGCUACAAUGAUCAUACAAAAGGAAGAGAGGAAGCCGAUCGGCUUCUAGACAAAGUAGAAGAAAGAAUGAAAGAAUUAUUUCAUGGCAACAUAAAAAGGGUAAAACGGUUGCCAGCCAUUUUGAGAGGAGGCGCCAUUGAUAGGUAUUGGCCCACAGCUGAUGGACGCUUGGUGGAGUAUGACAUAGAUGAAGUUGUUUAUGAUGAAGAUUCACCUUUUCAGAAUAUUAAAAUCCUGCAUUCAAAACAGUUUGGGAAUAUUCUUAUCCUCAGUGGGGAUGUUAAUCUGGCAGAGAGUGACCUGGCAUAUACCCAAGCCAUAAUGGGCAGCGGAAAGGAAAACUAUGCUGGCAAAGAAGUGCUAAUCCUAGGAGGCGGUGAUGGGGGUAUACUAUAUGAGAUAGUCAAACUGAAGCCAAAGAUGGUUACUAUGGUAGAGAUUGACCAAAUGGUGAUUGACGGGUGUAAAAAAUACAUGCGUAAAACAUGCGGAGAUGUCUUAGACAAUCUGAAAGGAGAGUGCUAUCAGGUUCUAAUUGAAGACUGUAUUCCCGUACUGAAGAGGUAUGCCAAAGAAGGAAGGAUGUUUGAUUAUGUAAUUAAUGAUCUGACAGCUGUUCCAAUCUCCACAUCUCCAGAAGAAGAUUCCACGUGGGAAUUCUUGCGGUUGAUUCUUGACCUCUCAAUGAAGGUCCUGAAGCAAGAUGGAAAAUAUUUCACACAGGGAAAUUGUAUCAAUCUGACCGAUGCCUUGACUCUGUAUGAAGAACAGCUUAGCAGGCUUUAUUGUCCUGUGGAGUUCUCAAAGGAGAUCGUGUGCGUUCCCUCCUACAUGGAAUUGUGGGUAUUCUACACUAUUUGGAAGAAAUAAACAACUCUGAACAUCAAGAUUAUUCAAGAUUAUCCUAAAUGUACAUGCUGCAUGGAGCAUAUAGGCCUGCCACGUGCUGCAUAUUGGCAUCUUGAACCUUUAAAUUAUAUGCUGUAGAUGAUCCUGAAACUUAGUCAUGCUAUUGAUUGUGAAUUCUUUAAAUGUUUUUUAUUAUUAUUUUAAUUUAAAAGCAAAUGGAAAAUGUAUAUUUUGAUGAGCUAGGGUGUUAUUUUUGAAAGUCAACUUACAGAUGAGUAAGCAGCAAAACUAUAUAGCUGCUGAAUGCACUGAACCUUUAGAAUGUGAUCCUUUUUAGUUUUUGUAGAUCUUCACAAACUGAUUAAAAAAGACAUCUUGAGCAUUUCAUCCCUGAGGAUGGUCCAUGGAGUUUUUGUUUAUUUGAUUGUUUUCCACCAGAUAUUCUUUUAAUUGAUGGUGCUUUUCAAGGAUGGAGUUUUUUCUUUGAUACUUAAAAGUGAUCAUUGUAGUGCUUCCAUAUACAGAAGAUGGGCAUAACUUAAAGAAAGUGGGAGGUGGAGGAAAAACAAAAUCUUCUGAAAGGAUACCCCAAAUCCUUCACUGCAAAGGGAAGAAAACUAUUUUUAAAUUUUAUUUACUGUAGUUUCAUUCAUUCAUGAUAUUUCUGUAAUCUCUUCCACAGGAGAAAAGAGUCUUUGACCUUUCACCUCAUGGACAUCUUUAGCUGCUACCCUAUUGAUUACUUAGAUUUUGAGAUUUUUAUGUGGAUUUAACAGUGGUUUAUAGAGGUACUUUGACCUCUUUCAGCAUGGUAAUUAAAGCUCUGUUCUCAUAAGCACUAGGUUCUUGAAGAAGGAAAGGUUGCUUAACAGGGAAAAGAAAUGUGGAUGUAGUCUAGAUUCAUGUGCACCAGUAUUUCCUCAAUGUUUUGGGGCAAAUAGGUAUACUUCAGUAGGGUAUGGCCUGGUUAUAUUGGUCUAGACUGACCAUGUCGUGUGAGGCUCUUGCUGAACUACCACUUGCAAUUUAAUUAUCAGUGGAAGCUAGGUUACAUUGUAGUUUUGUUCUGAAAGAGAAAACAUUUUUCUUAAACUGUUUAUCAUGUUGUCUGAAAAGCUAUAUUUUUGUAAGAAUGUGCUUAUGUACUGAGUAAAACUUUAACAUUUAAAAGAUUUCACAUCAGAGGAGGUAGGAAGGAUAUAACCAUUCUGUACACUUCUGUACAUUACCAAGAUAGAAUAAAAAGUGCACUAUCCCAAAACACUCUAAUCCUGAACCACAGUGAUGUUUUUUUUUUCCUUCAACCCUUAGUCUUCACAUUUUCUUUGUUUUGUUGUAGAGAGUUGAUUUAUUUUUCCUCCCACAAAACCAAAAUGUUAGUGAAAAAAAAAAUGCACUUCUAAGAUCUGUAUUCCUAAACCAUACAUAAAGAAGAGUUUUACAUGUCCCAUAUAUACAAACUGUUGAUGAAUUUUCAGUAACCUAUGUAGAAUUUGAGUGAUACUGGAAAACUUGUAAAAAUUUGCCCUUUAUUCGGAGUAUAAUUAUUUUUGUAUGUACAGUUGUGCUGUUAAACUGCUUUUAGUUUGGAGAGUCAAAGAGAAGUGUUCUUCCCUCUUAUGGCUUAAAGUGAUUACUGUUACUGCUGAUUCCUUGAUACACAUGGGACAAGGUUCUUCCGUGGCCUACAGUCUGUGUAUCCCUGUGUACUCCCAAAGAGUGGAGCCUCCUUCUGAACAGGGGGAGACAAAAGUGUCUUGCAUUUCCUUAAAUGUUUUAACCCUAUUGUAACCAUCCCAGAAAAUACCUUGAUAUUAUUGCCUAUGACCUAAUUGUAACCCAUCAUUUAUGAUACAGGACGACAGCUGGUAUAUUUUACAGGUGCAAACAAAUGCAGAUGUCUUAUAAGCAGUUACAUGUACCCUUAACUUGGCAAGCAUGAAUAUUCCCGUUGAUCCUUAGUGUGAUUGCGGUGUAGGUGGUAUUAAGCACACAGGCAUUCAUAAGAUGGGGCUCACAGCAUAUGUUAUCCUGAGCGAGCCUGAUAGAUCUGAAAGUCAGUCACAACACGUGGGGGUGGUUGUUUUUAGCAAAGAAACUUGUGAACUGGAAGAUGACUUAAUAUUCCUGCUGGCUUGCUAUACCAAGGCUGGCACUUCAGCAUAGAUGCUGCCUGACAACAGAGAUGCCAGGUGUGCAGGGAUGUUCUGUAAUCUGGAACGACCAGGGGACCUGAAUUAAGUGUUGGCAGAGGCAGCAGUGCUUGCAAAUCUUUCCCUUUCAACUGAUACAGUAUAAAAAGAGGCUUGGAGGAUUCUUUUGUUUGUGUAAACUUUUUAAUGUAGGAUUUUAAAAGUAAUAGAAGUAGUAUAAAGCAAUUCAGCAAACCCUGAACAUUAUAUUUUUUAUUUUUUUUAUUAAGUUGCUGAAUUGAUUCUGAACAAGUAUGUACACACUGUCAGUCUAUUUAUGUUGUUGUGUUGUGUUUUUUUUUUUUUUAAGGAAAACAAAUUGCUUUGUGUUCAAAUUUUCAAAUGCAAACUGCAAUAGCUGAUCAGUUUUCCAUGUUUAAGGCCAGUUAGAAAACAGCUAUGAUUGCUGCACCUAUGUACGUGCUGCACCUAUGUAUGCAAACAUUUCCCAAGAUAGAGUUAACAUUAGGGUUUUCUUAAUUAUUCUUUGCACUAAAUGGUGCUUCCACCUAGAAAUGCGAUUUACGUAUUUAAAAAUCAAUUGAUAGUAGUUUGUGCAAAGAGAAGACCUUCUGGCGUUGUAUCUACUGCAUCAGUGCAGCGCACGUGUUAAAAUAAAGGUACACUGUUA